CCGCUAAUACUUUUCUUGUUCUCUCCGCUGUUUUUGUCACUUCUACCUGCGACUAUCUUCUCUCCAUUAAUAUAAGUCGUUGCUCUAUAUAAAUUCUCUUUUCACGAUCCAUCUCAUAUGGCUUAGAAGGUUUGGGUGGAAACAUGCAUUUAUGGUUUCCCUUCAUCAACUGCUGUAUCACAUUACAAUGGGGACUUAAUUCAGCUUCCCACCAGCCUGCAAUUCUCUCCGCAAACCCCUCACCUUGAACUAAUCAAGCAAUGGUAUCCUCUGAUUGAGAAACUAAUACUGCCAGUGAUAACAUCAGACCAGUGCUGCCGCAGCAAAUUAAGUACUCACCAGAAGAAUCACUAGAAAACCUGUAUUUUCUUCGUCAAAGAAGCAACUCAAUCUUCACACUCACCCUGGACGAAUUACAGUGCAAGAGUGGAAGGAAUUCUGGGUCUAUGAACAUGGAUGAGUUCCUCAACAGCGUUUGGGACGCGGAAGGAGACCAAACUCCUUCCCACACUAACCAAAGCAAACCCACCACUGACAAUAAUGUAAUAGACAACAUCCAUGAUCCGCCUUCUCUGUCUCCACAGACCUCCUUCUCCCUCCCCAAUAAGCAGCUGUGCAACAAGACUAUGGACGAAGUCUGGUUUGAGAUCCACAAAGACCAACCAAAGCAGCAGAGCCAUGGCAAUUUGGACAGGGACGAGUCACCUCCACGCCAGAAAACGUUUGAGGAGAUGACUUUGGAAGAUUUUUUAAUAAAAGCUGGGGUUGUUCAGUCUGGAUCUUCUUUGCAUAACAGAAUGCCUCUUCAAAGCCACUAUGGGACCUUUGCAAGCAGUGGUAAUGCAGGUUUCAACACGGACUUUGGAGGGGGGAAUGUGAUGGGAUCUGGAUUAAUCUCCAAUCUGGAAAAUACGAUGAGCAACAUUUCAAGUGAUUCCUUAGCAGGGUAUCAUAUGAUCACACAGAGUGCUAAGUUUGUGGGGGAGUCUUCAAAGAAUGGUGAAAAUGGAAAUGAUCAGUCAGGUGGGUUGAAGAGCAGAAGGAGAAUGAUGGAAGGUUCAUUGGAAGUGGUGGUGGAGCGAAGACAGCGGAGGAUGAUAAAGAAUAGAGAGUCUGCAGCACGAUCUCGGGCUAGGAAACAGGAAGACAUGCUAUCAGAAGACUCAUCACAAGACUCAUCUUUCCACUGUAUCCAGCCUAACAGCAAGCUCAUUCACUUGAGACUCAGCAGCUCAACGCACUCGCUCAAUCUCAGCACGAGAAGCUGCAUUUGUUCUUGAUGAUGCUAUUUGGGCUACGUAUCCACUACAAAGAUUGUUUAUGUAACCCCCCGCUCAAUGCCCCAGCACCUGAUCGCAGAUGUCAUCAUCUCUGGGUGGCUAACUACCCUCAGGAACGUUUGCAUCCCCCAUUUGGACAAUCUUCUCCUAUUUUCAGUCAUAAAAAUAUAGAAAAUAAUUAAAUGACAAUGCAAUAAUGGUGUUUUGAAUUCAAUAAUGAACUCAAUACUAUAACUAACUUACAUGUUUGCUCUUAGCACCCUAGCACCUCUCCCCCAAUGGUCUUUGAUGUGUUCUUUGAUAAGGGGAAGACCUCGGCUCCAGUUCUCCAGUGACGGCAUCACGUUACAUUAUCAUAUUAAUAACUUUGGAAGUGUAAACAUAUAUAACACUUGUAAUGCAAUACUCAGCCAGUUUUAUAGAAAUUAUCGCUUGAUGAUGCACAAA